GCGAAGGCAAAGAUUCAAACUGGUGCCAGACAGCUUGGGAUGCAGGCAAUCCCUGCAAGCGGAGCAACACCAAGACUCACGAGGAGCAGGCUUGCCCAAAGACGCUUCCCAAGCACGUUUUUUCGUCGGCGGCAGGUGAAAGUCCUGCUUUCGACGCCGCGCUGCCACCAUUCCCACCACUGCCUUUUAUCCCACCUUUGGACCUGGCCGCGAAGCAGGAUGCAACCCCGAUAAGCCGAUGCCUGCUCAAGCCGCGCCGGGAUCAGGCUGGAGCGGCAGUCCUGCAAAAGUCUGUGGUCAUGGCCAAAGUGGAUGAGCUAUCAGCUUGGCAUGAGGAGCUGAAGGCUCGGGAGAAAUACCUUCUUCUUUGUGAAGACACAGUCCGUGAGCUCCUGCUGUCGGAGGUGAAGCCAGACACCCUGGACGUCGAUGACGAAAUGUAUCUGGACAGGGAGAAGACGGCCAUCCGUCAACUGGAGGCUUGGGCCCAAGGGCAGGAUGCCCCUGUGGCAUAA